AUGGAUAUUGCCAUCCAGCACCCCUGGUUCAGACGUGCCCUGGGCUCCGUCUACCCCGGCCGACUCUUUGACCAGUUUUUUGGAGAGGGAAUGUUUGACUACGACCUCUACCCCUACGCCGCCUCCACCAUCAGCCCCUAUUACAGACAGUCACUUUUCCGCAGCUUUUUGGAUUUUUCGAACUCCGGCAUCUCUGAGGUGAGGUCUGACAGGGAUAAGUUCACAGUCUUCCUGGACGUCAAGCACUUCUCUCCUGACGAGCUCAGUGUGAAGAUCACCGAUGACUACGUGGAGAUCCAGGGCAAGCAUGGAGAAAGACAGGACGACCACGGUUACAUCUCUCGCGAGUUUCAUCGCCGCUACCGCCUCCCCUCCAACGUCGACCAAUCAGCGAUCACCUGCUCCCUGUCAGCUGACGGCCUGCUGACUCUGACCGCGCUAAAGGUCAGCGGGAUGACCGAAUCCAGCCGCAGCGAUCGCAGCAUCCCUGUCACCCGUGACGACAAGACCAACGCCGCUCCGUCCUCUUAG